UAGUUAACAAAGUUUAAUGUUUUUUAAGGAUCCAUUAUCAAUUUCUAUUUAAAAAAAGAAGAAAAAGGAAAAAUCACAAAAUCAAAAAAGGAAUUUGAGGAAAAGAUUUGACAUUUUCAGUUGUGACAGUGAGGCUUCAAAGUCCUCUUACCCUCCAUCCAUCCCCAACCGCCACCCUGAAAAAUAGCCGAUCUACUCGCCGGAAUCGGCCAUCCUGAGGACAAGCAUGGCGCGAACUUCGAUACAUUGUUUACUCGUCACAGUUCUCCCCGCCUUGGCCACAAUUUUCUAUACGGUUGGAUCAGCUGAAGCCUCCGUACACAACUACGAUCAAGAUCCGUUUAGAGAAGUCGGCAAUGCCUACCUCGCCGGCGGCGGAAGUGAAGGCCUCGGCGCCACCUUCUUCGUCCCCAAGCCGCGUCAUACUUUUCGCUCCGCUGUCCGCGACGGACUCUCUUACAUCAGAUUUGAGAAUCUCACAUUUUGGAGGAGUAAAGAAACCGCAGAGCAAAAUAUCACAUACAAUAGCGGUCUGAUACAGAUCAUAAUUUUUGAGGCAGCAGACCGUGAUAACAUUGGCGGUUCACCCUAUGGGGGGCAAAGGUCUAUUUGUUGUUCCCCUGAUCUUGCUAAACUGGAAGGUUGCAAACAAGGAGAAGUCAUUAGAACACCUUCAGCAACAGAUAUUAACUGGCCAGUGGUGUUGAAUGUACAUUUUAAAGGAAAACAGUUAAGUGCCCGCAUGAAAAACAGGGAGGUUUAUAUACAAAAGACUGGGAUGUAUAACUUAUUUUUCAUUUCAUGUGAUCCAAAUCUCAAGGGAAUGAAAGUAACCGGGAAAACAAUAUGGAAAAAUCCCGAUGGCUUUUUACCUGGUAGAAUGGCACCCCUAAUGAAAUUCUAUUCUGUUAUGUCUUUAGCAUAUGUUAUCCUAUGUGCCAUCUGGUGUUUUCAGUAUGUGAGAUACUGGAAGGAUGUAUUGCCACUUCAACACUGCAUUGCCAGUGUUAUUGCUCUUGGGUUGUUUGAGAUGCUAUUUUGGUAUUUGGACUAUGCUCACUUCAAUAACACUGGAUCAAGGCCUGUGGGCCUCACAUAUUGGGUUGUGACCAUUGAGGCAAUAAGGAGAACUAUUUCGCGCAUCCUUAUUCUUUCCAUCUCAAUGGGUUAUGGUGUUGUACGUCCCACACUUGGUGGUCUUACAAUCAAGGUGUUACUAAUUGGAAUCACAUAUUUCUUGGCAUCUGAGCUAUUGAAUAUUACUGAGUAUGUGGGGACCAUAAAUGAUGUAGCAGGAAGAGCUAGACUCAUUUUGGUUCUUCCUGAUGCAUUCUUGGAUGCAUUUUUGAUUAUGUGGGUUUUUACUUCUCUUUCUAAGACACUUGAGCAGCUACAGGCAAAGAGAAGUUCUGUGAAGUUAGAUUUAUAUAGGCAAUUCUCAAAUGCAUUAGCUGUUACUGUCAUUGCUUCAGUAGUUUGGAUAGGCUAUGAGGUUUACUUCAAAGCAACUGAUCCGUUCAACGAGAAGUGGCAGAGUGCGUGGAUUAUCACUGCCUUCUGGGACAUUCUUGCAUUUGCACUGCUGUGUGUCAUCUGCUUCCUCUGGGCACCUUCUCAGAGCUCCCAAAGGGGAAGAUAGUGAUGACGAGGAGACAGAAUCCCUGUGCAAAGAGAGUGCAAUAGGAGGAGGCGAUAUCGGUUUAACCAAUAUGGAGAAGAGAGAAGGAACUGGAACUGGCGACGUAGAAGAUGAAGCCGAAGAUGGCGGUGGUGAUGGCAAGAGAGAGUGAAAGUCAUGAACAACCAUUGUCUUUUUUUUUUUUUGAACAUUGUAAAUGCCAAAAGGAAUCAAAGUAUUGUUGCACAGGCCAUGAAAUUUUGGAGAAAUGAGAAUAUGCCGAAACUAAUCUUGUACUGUAUUU